GCGCGAGAGAGCGCCGAGCAAUGUCCCGAAGGUUGAUACUUUCCACUUCAAGGGAGAACGGGUGUCCGACUAGCUAGACCUGAUGGAGCAAGCACUGGUGGGGCUGUUGGACGAGGUCAAGCUCCAGCGAGUUCUAAGAUAUGUCCUUCAUAGCCACCAUCAAGAAGUGGGCAAGGUCGUGGAUGCCGCCAAUGGUAGUUGGGCGAGGUUCAGGGACAUGAUGCAGAGAAAGUACAGGUUGGGGGAUGGCUUGUUAACCAUGGCGGAUUUGGAGGCCAUGAACAAGGAUGACUUCUCCACGAUUGGGGCGUUUGUGCACGAGUUUAAAUGGAAGGCACGGAAGGUGCACGGGAUCUCCGAAGAAACGCAGUGUGCCAUAUUUUUGGGUCUGCUUACUGGCUCGGAGGCCUCGGAGCUGACGGGUCACGGAGGGGGAAAUGAGAAACUCACCUGGGCCACUAUCGACAAAGGGGUGGAAGAGGGGAGCCUGGACCAGGUGGAGCAACACCAGGUGCGGCUGCAAAGGCGCAAGAGAAAGGAAAGGGACGCCACCGCGUUCGGGACCCCAGGGGUGAAGAGGAUCGUCACGGACGUAUUGGCAGCGUUGGGGUAUGAUAAUGAGGCGGAAGUGCAAAAGAGGGGAGUGACCGUGGCCCAAGGCCGGGCGUCCGAGGCAGUGGAAGAGGAGGCUAGGCGCGAGGACUAUGGUGGAGAAGAGACGGGCUCCCUGAUCCUAACCAAGGCCCAGAGGAAGCAACGGAAUUUACAAGUGGGGGGUCAAGGAUCCGAAAAAGGGCAGGUCCCGCAAGCGAUUGAUGUGCCUCCACCUGCUGCCACGACAACGUCAGCGACGGCUGGGCCGUCAUGUAUGGGGCCGCCGCCGGCUUGUGGGCACUGGGUGCCGCAUUGUCAGUCUUCAUCCUGGCCCAGUUGUAAUCACUGCACCUCGUGCGGGGGUAGUCAAACUCACCCCGGGCAAAUGGUCCCUUAUGAGGGCCCAGCGGCAAGUAUGGGGCCCCCGAGCUACCCUGCGGCUCAGGGUCAGUUUGUGGCCCAACCACCUCCCUCCCAACAGGCCUCGCAGGCUAGCGUGGCCGGUGGAGGAAACCAAGGACAAGGCGGACAAGGCAAUGGAGGCCGAGGUCAAGGGGGUCGAGGAGGUGGCGGCCGAGGCCAGGGAGGAAAUGGUGGGGUUCGUGGGGGUGGUUGGAAUGGUCAAAGGGGCCAGAACCAAGGUGGCUGGGGCGGCCAGGAAGGGGGCCAAGGGUAUGGGAGGCCCCGCUUUGAUUGGCGAAAUGCCACCUGUUGGCAUUGUGGCGAUGUAGGCCACACUGUGCGGUUCUACGAGCGGAGGCGGGAGGAUGAAUUGUCAGGGUUAAUCUCCUCCUGUAUGGACGGGAAUAUCUAUGACAAGUGGGGUAAGCAUAUCGACCCCAGGACCCCGGGAGGAAUCAGGCAAGAGGCUCUCCGGCGAGCAGCAGCGGGACCCACAGCACCCCCGACAAUGUUUAGGAUGUGGCAGGUGAAGGAAGAGCCGACCGUAAGAGUGGAGGAGAUUGUAGGGGAUAGUGAGGAGGUCACUCGGCGACUAAAGGCUGGGACUAUAAGGGAGGAGCCAAUAGUCAUCGAAUCGGAUGACGAGGGGCAGGAAGGCGAAGGAGAGCCGGCCAUAGUCCUCUUGGGGAGGAUGGAAGAUCUGCUGGAAAAGGUGGGAAGGUACCAGCGGAAGGUGCAGGCCCUGUGUGAAGAAGCCCGAGAGUGGGAGGCCAAUCUGCCUGAGGUCUUCCUUUACGACUCCGGACCUGAGCCUUCACCAGGACAACAGGGGUACCCAAGAGUGGCGAGUGUAGGGACGGGCCCUAGGUCAGGUUUUGAUGUGGAGCGGAUGGUGGACAAACUCCUGGAAGGCCAUAAUGACUUGAUGAACCUGAAGGAUAUCCUGGCGUCGGCGCCAAGGCUCCGUGGGGAGUUGAAAGGGCGACUCUCACGAAGAUUGGUGCGAAAUGUCCAUCUGAGUACGGUCCUGCCCAGGGAGGUGGAGUGGACUGAGGCAGGGACAAGGAUGGAUUGGAAACGUGUGGCGUGCGGGCAAGUGGAUCUGGUGAUAAAGAACCAGAAGUGCACUGGGAUGGUGGACACGGGCGCAGAAAUAAAUAUCAUCAGGGAGAAGGAGGCGGCGAUGAUAGGCAUGGAGAUCGACUGCUCGGACCAUGGCAUGCUGCAUGGCGUGAACUGCAAGGCCGCUUUUUGCGGCACGGCGUCUAAUGUGAUUAUAGAGAUUGGAAAGGUGCGAGCCAGGACGUGCUUCUUCGUCAUGCCCGAUGUCGAUCAUCCCAUCCUUCUGGGAAGGUCGUUCCUGUGUCGAACGAAGAUGUUGAUUUUUAAUAAGCACGACGGGACAAUGAUCCUGCUCUUAUGCGACCCAGCGUGCGGGAACUACGAAGUUGUCACCUGCCGAAACAUGGGGCCGGGGAGCGGGAGGAACAAGCCUAAUCUCGACUCAUUCACCUUCGAGGAAUCGGAGAACGAGCGAAGAUGGCUUUGGGAAGUGCCCGAGGAGGAGGAUAAGGCUGAGGUGCCGACACUGAGCCUCACAGAUGUGAAUAAGGCCAUGGAGGUGGUGUCGGCUCAUGACAUGGCGGAUCCGGAGGCCAUUAAGGCAUCGAGGGAGCAGGUUUUGGAGAACCCUCAAGUGGGAGAGGUGGAGUUGGUGUAUCAGCUUCCAGGAGGGGGAGGAGGCCCUGCAAUGGCCCAGGCCCGAACGACAAGAACGCACAGCUUGGUGGAGGAAAUGAGGACGAUAGAAGAAGGCCCCACUCAGGUAGAGGAGCAUGAGCAACUAAUGGGAGGGAUGUACCUGCUCACCAAUACGCUCCUGCAAGAAGACUUUGACCGAAAGGGCUCGUUCAGUCAUGAGGAAAAUGAGAUUCUAGUUCCUGAAAGUCGGGACGACGAAUUCGAGGAAGGAGAAAUCAAGGAGGCGUUUCAGGCGGAGGAGUACGAUGGGAUCUACCGGGAAUUGGGGUUGCUCCUAUCAUGUGAGAUGAGGGAUAGAGAUGCAAGUGCCAAGGCACAGGAGAUGAGGCACCUCUAUGUGGUAAGAGACGGCCACUUGUUUAUAAAGCGGCAGGUCGGGAACCCUAAGAGGAUCGUAUGUGGGAGGAACCGGCAAAUUGAUAUCAUAGCUGCCCUACACGAUGGUAUAGCAGGGGGGCACAGAGGAGUUGGUGCCAUAUGCGCGAAGAUAAGCGAGCUCUACCAUUGGGACGAGAUGCUGACGAUGGUUAUCAAAUACUGCCAGUCAGACUUUUCGAAGACAGCCAUGCAGAGACGCGGGAGGGGCGCGCGGCCACGACAGAGGCCUCAGGGAGCAUCAGGAGGGGAUGACUCGCGCAGACCAUCUGAGAGGGAGUCUACGCCUGUUUUCGACGAUGAUAACAUAGAGUUCUUUCUAGACUCCUACCAGGCACAUGCGACACAGGAGGGUUGGUCUACCUUGGAGAGGAUACGACACCUGAGAGGAGUUGGGCGUUUUGAGGAGCAUAUUGCGCACAUCCAGGAGGAGGCUUUGACCUGGCAGGAUGUGGAGGCGAGGAUGCAGAUGCUGAGGAUUUCGCCGUUGGGACCGGAUGGGUUGCCUAUUCGAUUGGAGGAAGACAAUGCGGAGGAGUUCAUCCCGGCCUAUGAGCAGUAUAAGCGCGACCAGGGGACUGGGCAGGAGGAGUGGAUGCAGAUGCUGCCCCUCUGGACGCGGAGAGCGGAGAGGUCGUUGGCGAGGCAGAUCCGAGACAGGGCACGCGACUGGGAGGACUGCCAGGCCCAGUUGAGACAGGCAUUUCGACGACUAGAGCCCGAGAGACCAGAGCCCAGGGUGGAGAGACGACAGAGGAGUAAGAGGUCACAGGGUCCAGGGCCGAAAGGGGCCACUACGACCAGAGGGGGCCGAAAGGCCUCGGCACAGCGAGAUGGGCCAGCAGAGGCCGCCCAGGCGGUGGAGCCAGUUCAGGCCACGGGGCCAGCUCAGGUGGCGGAGCUACCCCUUACCUAUGGACUUGAGCGGGUGGAGUUUCGCCGAAUCACGGGCAGUGAUCUACGGGGCCCGUCCCCAACGUUACCAGAGGGGGGGGAGGCGGUGCCAUUGAGAACGCCGCUCGACAGGUUGGAGGCUCAUCUCGAUGCGUCCCAGUGGGGGGCGUCACAGCUGGGAGCGGACCAGAGCGGACCGGCACGGUAUGAGCCAGUAGAGGAGGAGCCACAUGAGUCGGGGCCUGAGGCGAGGAUGGAGAUUGAGCGUGCAGACAGGAGGAUAGGUGAGGUGGCGAUCUCGUCCUUCCAGCGGUACUCCAUGCUCAGCGAUGAGUUGGCGGCCUCGAGGUUAGAAGUGGGAGAGUUGUCCAUCCAGUUGGCGGAAGAGAGGGCAGAGAACCAAGCGUGGAGGUCCCGCAUGGAAGCCAAGGAGGCGGAGUGGGAGAAGAGGCUCCAGGACAUGGCGGCUAUGGUAGAGAGGCUCUCGGCCACUAAGGUGGUCGACUGGACGGAGCAGAGCCGGUAUGGUAUCCAGGGGAAGAAGGUACAGGGGCUCUUUGGCCAGGAAGGAACGACAGAGACGACACAGCAAGAGGGCAUGGGAAAGGUAUUCCUGGACCCAACAGAGGCGGUGGCAAGGCGGGAGGCCGAGGAGAGGAGGUUCAGCUUCAGGACUCCUACUGAGUUGGCCUCGCAACAGGCCACCACUAUGACGAUUGAGGUUCAUGGGGACGAGCCGGCGCAGAGACCGCAACCUCCAGUGGCGGAGGGGGGCCCCACAGAGGAGUCCACUACGAUCCUUUUGGAGGUGCAAGAGGGUGCCCUUACGGGAGCAGCAGCAUCCAUGGGGGAAGAGGCGUCUCGACUGGACGAGUUGGUGGCAGCUAUGAAGCUGGACAUGCCGUCAGGAGGGCCUCAGAGGCAAGAGACCCCAGAGCGCGUGCCAGAGAUAGGGGAGUUGAGGACGCAGUUAGGCUCUUGGGCUACUGGAGCUGACUAAGGAGAGCACAUCUCAGAGCAGCAGCAGGAAGUUAUGAGCGAGCCAGCGACUGCCAUGACUCCCCAACCU